AUGCCCGGCGAGAAUGAUCGAGUGUUUUUACUCAACUUCUUCACGAAGGACUGUUCAAUUGCGAGAUUCUACCCUCUCCGUUACAUGGCUAGGUUCUGGGAGGAUUUAGCCAAGGCCGCGAGGUCCCUCGACAUCCGGGAGCAUCUCCCCCCGUCCUACGACGAUAUGAUGGGGCUGGACAGCUUGGCCUGUAUUGAUGAGUCCGAAGGUUCGGAUGACGAUAGCUCCGUUGUGUCAAAGGGGGACUUUGAAUCUUCGGAUUCCGAAUUCUCAGAUGACAAAGAUUCUUAUGAUGAGGACUCGGAUGAGGAUUCGGAUGAAGACUCGGAUAGCGGAUACUCAUUUGAUUAUGAUUCAGAUUAA